AUGAAUACAGCGAAACGGGAAGCACAGUCCAUUCCAAUAACGGAACAGAAACGUCGACGCGAAGGAGUACCAACAGUAAAGAAACUCAAUUUUACGCGCAAGAAAUCGGAACCGGCUAUAAAAUCUAACGAAAUCCAAAGGAAGGCUGGCCUGAAGGUUAGAAGAAGUAAGAGAUCAAGAAGAAAGUCUUCUUAUAGCAGCUGUAGCGAGAGUGAAGUCGUAGUCAACGAAAAACUGAAAAAUUCUGAAGGCAAGCCUUUAAAUGCCUUCCAGCCUUCUGAGCAGAAAAACUGCUGUAGCACUCCGGUUGCCCGGCAGCCAAGCGUUGCUUGUGUUCCCGAGAGAGUUCAAGAACUACAAGCUUUCUCUCCUGCUUCUUCCAGCUUUUUGUCUGAUGAUGAUGUGGCCUUGGCGGCUCUGAACUUGAGUGAAAUCAUAACAUCGUCAUGUGGAACGUCAGAUACAGUUAAAGGCGACAUCAUUGCGAGCUCACGUCAAGAAGGAUCAAACCAGUUUUACGGUUUGCCAGUGAAAGUAAAAGAGCUCUUGCAAAAGCUUAAAGGAAUAGAAACUCUUUAUGGUAAGAUAAAUCAUCAAUAAGCCAUUUUCCAAUUUCCUGGCGUCAAAACAAGUGCUGGUGCUCAUCCUAUCAUAUGCAAAUAAGUUCUGGUUUAAACAUGCUGCAACGCUGACUAGUUUCUCUUGCUUUGCUGCGAGACUGUAAAAAUGCAAGCGUUUCUUUUUCUGUUCUUUUCUUUUGUGUGUGCAUGCCAAAAAGGAGUCAUGGUCCCAGGCCUUCUUAGCGGAGACGGUGGAAACUGGGGAUAAGAAUUGCAAUGUGCCACAGCGACAUGCUUUAUUUUGUGAAGACAUCUUCGGAAGAUUAAUGUGAAAGUUGUCAAGCUUUUCCAGAACGGUUCGGUCCACCAAUUGAAAGCAUUGAUUACUUUGGAAAGGGUGAAUACUUCAGUGAAAACUCCGAUGGUGAGGCUAUAAACUGGUCGAGUGUUGUAAACUUUCGUUGUAUGCAAAUGCGUCGAGAAUGGGGUUUAUUUUCGACAAUGAUUGAAAUUACACACUAUGUCUUGCUUUCUGGAAAUGAUGAAAUUUCUCUCAAAUUGAUUUUCAUGCAUUUAUACAUGGGUUCUCAAUAAUCGUUGAAUAAGAUAUUAAAAAGUAAAUAUCCUGAAGAGUACUCGACUGCUGAUAAAGGAGGAAGUGAAAACUUUUAGCAACUGAGGAAAUCCUUUUUUUAUGUAGAAUUAAUCGCCUUCUCAUGUCGUAUCUAAUCUCCAAGUAAGUAAGACUUAACACUUUUAAGAGCAUUCUUGUUUUUGUUAUACGGUUGACUCCUGAUAAUGUGAACCGUCGCUAACUUGAACCUUGCAUAUCCUGCAAUAGCAGAUGCCUUUUUUUAGCACUUGUUUUUACCUGCCAAGAAAAAAGCUCAAUAAGUGAGGUGGGAGGUGUCACUUAUCACAAGAGGUGGUCUUCUGCGAAGGUUCAACUGUAUUUGCAGUAAGCUCACACAUCAGUGUUGAAGGCACUUUGUGACUGCCACUGGCAGUCCAUGAGACCCAACAUUCUCAAAGUGUCUUAUAGUGCGAUUGUUCGACCUGGGGCACUUGGAAGAAGAUUAUCCAGUCACAAUGUUUUUUUGAAAGCAAGAUUUUAAAGUUUUUCUGCAAACGCACUUAUAAAAUUGAAGUUUCAACUAUGCAUCCGUUGUAAACUUUAAAACCAUUUGAACCUGCCUGACCUCUCAGGAAACAGUCCUCAAAUUUAUAAAUGUUAUUGGUCUGUUUGCAAAAGAAAUUGAGAAUCUUUUGUGAUCAGAAACCCUUGUGAUUGGAUAAUCUUCUUCCAAGUGUCCUAGUUCGAGUAGUCGCACCGUAAAGUGUGAAUUGACAAAACAAGUAGAAGAAGACAUAGGUCUCAGAUGUCAGCCGUCUCUUUGCUCCAUCCCCCCAAUGGGUGGCCAGGCAUCUCUCUCGCCUGGCUGUCACUUAAGGGGUUGGGGGGAGGGGGCUAGGCGAAAGGACAGCUGACAUUUCAGAGUUGAUGAAGACCAUAUUGGCCAGGAAAGGACCCCUACCCAACUCUUGAAGGAAAAUAUUAGAUGUAGCUGUAUAUCUUGUGAGUCAUUUCGCAUUUUUGUUCUCACAGAAUGGCAGAAAGAUUGUCUCAAUUUAAAAGCUAUUCAGGAGAGAAGAAACUUGAUCUACUCCUUGCCAACAAGUGGGGGGAAGACACUGGUAGCAGAAAUUCUCAUAUUUAAAGAGCUGUUGUUACAAGAGAAGGAUGUCCUAUUUAUUCUUCCAUUUGUAUCUAUUGUCCAAGAAAAGGUAUGUAACAAGCUCCUUUUGGAUGGUGAUCAGUAUAUAAGACUAGCUGGAGGCUGAUAUAAACAAAUAAAAUACGUUAACAAGAAUUUGUAUCCAGAAAACAUAUAGAGGAUAUUACACAGUGGCGCGAAGAUAUGAAUUUUAUUUUCGAGUGGCAAAACAAUAUUUUACGAACCAGCGCAGCGAGUGAGUAAAAUAUUGUUUUUGCUACUCGAAAAUAAAAUUCAUAUCUUCAAGCCGCCGUGUAAUGUUCUUUUUAUUAUAUAGAUAAAAAUAACAUCGAUAAAAUAAUAGAGGAAAAUUACCAAAAUUAUGUCAUUGAUAAACUCACGUGUGAGAUUAUGGAAAAUAAACCACUCGGGUCCCGGAUGUAGUUUUUAUGAAUUUUAUGAGUGGUAUACUUUCCAGUAAAACACUCGUGUCUAUAUGAUAAAAUAAUUUAUUAAUAAUUUAAAUUGCUGUUUUAUAUUUUAAACUGACUGUUAAAUAAAUGUAAUAAACAAAUUUGCCAAAAUAGGUGAAAUCUCUGACACAGUUUGCUGUUGAGCUUGGAUUCUUAGUUGAGGAGUAUGCAGCCAGCAAAGGAAAACUUCCUCCUCGCAAACGGCGAAAGAAGAAAUCUGUGUACAUUGCGACCAUAGAAAAGGUUCGUACUAAAGCGAGUAGUUGUUUUUUCAGGUUUCAAGGCAAGUUAAAAUACCAGUUAUGAUUUUAUUCCUGUCUGGAAACUUGUGGUGUAAAACAAAUUAAAUCAAACAACCCCUCCUCCCCCCCACAAAAAAGAGACUAGACGAACCUACUACAGGGCUAUAUAAUUUGUGUUCGGAUUUGUGUUGUAUGGGCCAAUAAGUUUGAAGGUACUAUAAGUUAAAGCUAGGAACCAAUGAGAUUUUGACAUCCAAACAUGACAUUGCUAAAAGGUCAAACAAGGGCACUUUGAGACCACUGAAUCUUGGUUCUUCGCAAUUUUUUUGUCUUUUAUUAGAGCUUAAGGUGUUUGAAAGUAUAUCAUUUUUAAAAAUAUCUUCGUGCAUUCAAACACUGAGUACAGUGAUGCAGCUGUUUAAGGGUUCAUGUUUUAGUUUGGGUGCUGCUUCAAGACAUUUCUGACCUAAUUUGGCUAUCGUGAAAGGUACAACACACUUAUUUCAAAAUUUAUGAGUUCUGUUUCACCUGCCUCAUGGUAGAGUAUAGAAGAUCAUAAUUAUAUUUUUCAAAGUUCUUCAAAUAAAAAGAUAAUAAUUAUCUUUUUAUUUGAAAAACUUUAUUAUUAUUGAUAUUUAGAUAUGAACUUAAAUUUGGAAGUAUAUGGCCUAUAAAUUGUGGUUUUAGAAGUCUGAAAGGCAGCUUUAUAUUUUUUGAAAGCUUUACCUAGUAUAUAAAGUUAAUCCUGUGGACAGGUCUGAAUUUUUUUCAUUAGCAUCUUAAGAACAGUAGUUCAGGUCUGAAACAGGGCAGAGACAAUCACAUUGUUUCAGGUGUGAGAUAGGUUAAAGGUUUUCACUUGUCCAUGGGAAUUUUGCCGAAAAACGAGUUUUGAAGCUGCCUAGUAAAGCCGUUCUCUAGUCAUUGUCUUAGCUAUAAAGAGCUAAAACUUACCUCAAAGCUGUUUGCAGGUCAGACAUUUCACGGCUUUCUGAUCCACAUUCUAAAUAUCAGCUUGCAAAGUUUGGACAUGUGCAGAAAUCAAACUUUCGAGUUGUUGGGUUUAAAAGUGACACAGCAGUCUUGACUUUUUCUUUUUGCUAAACUUUCCUCCCCUUUUCUUUCGCUUUCAUUGUCUCAUUUUUUUUCUUUUGCUGGGCAUUUAGUAGGCUUCAUUUUGGUUGGGAGAAGUUUUUGGGAAAGCUUUUAUGAUCUUAGGAUUAGAUGAAAGGAAGGUAAGUGGGUAGUGAAACAAGAUUUUCAUGGAAAAUUUUUCGGUCAAUGUUACAUGUUUUUUUUUGCCUUUUUCUCUGGUCUCCUUGACUGUCUCGUGCUCAUUCUGGUAUGGUUUGAAAGAUCUAAUAAUAAUAAUAAUAAUAAUAAUAAUGGAAUUUAUAUAGCGCUUAUACAUCGCUGUUCUAAGCGCUUUACCCUGCCCAAGGUAGUGGGGAAAGUUGUCCUUGGCAUUUAAAACUGAUGAUGUCGCAAGCGGUAGAAGGAAGCUGGAUCUGCAAGGGCAGUUACGGGCGGUUCAGGGGCAAAUGCAUUAAAGGACAGUCCAAAUCCAAGCCCUAAGGAGUACCUCUCGAAGGGCCUUUCUUACAGCAUGUUCUUCAAAGUCUGUGGUUGCCAUCAGCCCAUUAAAAAAUUUAUCAAUGGAAAAUAUAGUCUCCUUUGCAGUCAUUUUAAGUGUUGUCAUGCAACCUUCCUUCUUGCGGAGCAUUGUGUGAUGACCCUAACAACACUUGCGAAGGAUACUAUGGAUAGCAUUACUUGAAAUAAAUUAUAAUGUACUUUUUUUCUUUUACCAGGCAAACGCUUUGGUGAACAGCCUUAUUGGAGAAAGCCGAAUUUCAACGUUAGGUCUGCUAGUUGUAGACGAGGUAAUUAACAAGGCUAGCAUAAUUUAUAAUUAAUUUACCCACAGUAAUAAUUAUGAAUCAUGAAACCUGAUGGAAAUAUAUCACGGUGACCUAACUUGCACCAGUUCCUCUGAGGUUCACUCAUGACAACAUUCAGCAAACAAGUUUAUGCUCAGCUGGACUUGAGGGAACGCUACAAUGCUACUACUAUCACUAGUUUUAAGCUUUCUUUGACCUUCAGUGUUCAAUCUUAAGUGAGUAAACAAAGUGGUUUUACAAAGUGGCUAAAUUAUAUUGUGUUGCACAAAAUGUAUGCCAGAAACCCAUAACCUAAUUUACAGAUUUUGGGAAACUUAGAUGCUCUCCACAUUUGAAGGCACUACAUUUAAAAGGGUUUCUUUGAUUUUAAACCCUCACUCUGGCCAGUAGCUUGAUUUGAAUUUUUUUUGCCGUGCCUAAAAGUUCAACUCCUCAGCCCCACUUGAUUAUUUAUUUGCGAUCCUCUUGCUUGACAAGCCAAAAGACUUUGUCUACAAAGGGUGUGGAGAUCCUUAGCUUCUUAUGCAGAUAAUGGCUUGUAGCGUAUGAUCUCCCCUGUGUGGCCAAAAGAACUUCUGUGUAGAAGGUCAGGAAUCUGCAGCCUGCUGGCUGCAGGGACAAAUCAGAUAAUUAUGGCUGUUGUUAAAUUGAUAACAACUAGUAGCAUAUCCAGUGGGUCAGCUCUGGGGGUACAUUCCUCAAACAAAACCAGGACUCAUUAGAGCAGGGAUUUUUGUUAGUAAGCAGUGCUUAACUACUGUUAAGCUGAAAUUUUCACAGUGACGUUCAUUUGAAAGCAUGAAAAUAAAACUUGCAUAGCAUGCACUUUGCCUUUCAACCAUCUCAUAACAAGAUUGUUGAAAUUAAUUUGUAACUUUGAAGAAAGAGAGAAACUAUUACGCGUAAAAAACCUUCAUCACCAUGAGUGCGGAAGUUUGGAACCCUACCCUCCCCUACUCCCCGUCCCCAUACUCAUAGGAAAAAUCCAGCGACUGUAUCUCUUUUACGAGUAAUGCAAUUUUGCUUGGUAAAGGAUAUUAGGAAAAAUGUAUCAACAAUGCUGUUGUCCCAGUUUUGUUUUGAUGUCAAAAUGAGUUACUUUAGUGUUCAUUGUAGUUUAAAAUCCUUUUAACAUCUCUUGUACUACACCAAUUUAGCUGCACAUGUUAGGUGACGCAGGAAGAGGAGCUACAUUAGAGAUGUGUUUAGCCAAGGUCCUGUUUGCUUCUUGUAAGUACAGACUUUCCAACUUCAAAGCAGUUUGAGUUAAGAAUGUAAAAAUAUGAGAUAUAGUACAGUAGAACUUUGAUUUAACGAAGGGCCACGGGCCUGGCAAAAUUUGUUUGCUAUAUCGAGGUAUCAUUAUAAUUAUUGAGGUUCUUUUUCAUACAUUUUACUAUUACUGGGGUAAAGAAAAUUGUUCGUUAUACCGUUCGUUACAUAGAGGUUCGUUAUAUCGAGGUUCCACCUGUAUAUAAUGUUAUCUACACAGCCAUGAAAGUCUUGUUUUUAUUUAUUUAUUCAUUUUGUAGCCACUACCCAGAUUAUUGGUAUGAGUGCAACUCUGAGUAACAUUGCAGACUUGAAGGAGUUUUUAAAGGCUGAGGUGUAUUCAAAUGAUUUCAGACCGGUAUGACAUUUUAGUUAUGACAGAACUGUCCAAAUACUGAGUAGAAAGUACAGCAGAAACAAAAGGGACUUAAGGGCGAUGACUUAUGACUUACAAGUAAACAUUACAGAAAAAUAAAAUUGUCAAUAAAGACAACCUUCAUAUUAAUUUAUUAUUCUCUUCCUAUAAUUAUUUUAAAAAAAUGACUGCUUGACUAAAUUUUCCACUUGAGAAAAUGUUCUGUUUUUGUGAUUUAUUCAUAUUAAAGACAGUUCAUUAACAGCAGUUAAAAGGAAUGCACUGUGUUCUUAACUUAACGAGGUACAGUAUGUGAAUGGGUACAAUUUGUCAAUAGAGGGUAUAAGAAAGGGGGUACUUCUUCUUUCAAAUAAAAGGGUAAGGGGUUGGACCUCGGGGUGGAGGCUCUCCAUAGAAAACUUUGUUAAACAACCUUCCUGGUAACAAUUUUUGUAGUCCACAAGCAUUUUAGCAUUUAUUUUGCUUCAGUUUACGUCCUUCAAUGUUUCAUUAAUUUUUCACUUGGAUUUUUUCCGGUCCAGUUUUCAUGAUAACACCUCUACAUGUUAAUUUUGCAACUAUGUUAUUUAGUAUUUAUUCGUAUUUUAAUGGUUGGUUUUUACCACUUUCAUUCAGGUGGAGUUGAAAGAGUUUGUGAAGGUGGGGUGUGAUAUUUAUAAAGUUCCAAAAGCUUCAGAAGAUGAAGAAGAUAAUGGCAAACCAUUUAGAAGAAUUAGUAAUAAACAGGUAAAUAAUGGUAUUUGUAUGUAGAGAAUUAAUAAGAGGCUAUAAUGAGUUUCUUUUUGUGCUGUUUUUGCUUUCAGCAUUCCAUGUUGAACUAAAUUUUUUGCCCGGGGGGGGGGGGGUACUCGCAGAAAAAUUGGGUAGGGGUGUGCGGCCCGCUUCCCAAAACCCUUACCCUAUUUAUGACCAAAAUGUGCGAUUUUCCCUACCCUAUUUAUGACCUAACCAAAAAUUUGAUACCCUAUUUAUGACCUGACCCUUAAAUCAAUACCCUGUUUCAGACCUGCCUUAUAAUUAUUUCCCUAGUUCAGACCAAUGUUAAAGGCAAUGUUUAUCUGCUUUUAUUAGGUUAGGGGGACAUGAUAAGGAAGUAGCUUCUUCUAAAAAAGUGCAUUCAAGACUACAGUGCAAAAAUCGUUACCCUAUUUAUGACCAAAAUGGCGGUAAAAUAGCCAAAAUCGAUACCCAAUUUAUGACCAAAACUGCUAAAAAACCCUACCCUUUGGGGCCGCACAUACCUAUAUAGCCCAUUUUAGGGAGUACCCCCCUCCCGGGAUUUUUUGCAGCAGUUCAAUUUUGAGAAUCAGAAUUUUUUGUUUUGCAAAAACUAAUUUUGUGAUUUUGUAAGAAUAGUUUUUUCUCUCUGAGGAUUUAUUUUUGCAAAUUUCAUCAUCAUUAUCAUCAUCCUUUGGCUUCCGGAGUGGAGUCGGGACAUUUGUAGAGAUCUACAUACAUACAUACAUACAUACAUACUUUGGUUGAGGAUUAACACAGCCAUAGGCUGAUGUGGACAAAUGCUAUCUAAUUAUUUACAAAGAAAAUAAAAUAAUAGAAUAAUGAAAUACGUGUGAAAGUACACAUGCACAAUUCCAAUUAGUGAAUAAGUAAAAAUUCAGAUGGGUACUGAAAUUCUAAGAAUAUAAUAUAUAAAAUCGUCACUUUUCUUCACUAUCAUAGUGGCCUUAAAUGAAUAUUCAUAAACAUCUUUAGAAAACCUACGUAAUAUCUGUUGAAAGUGGCCCUUCUUAGUUGUUUUACUUCUUUCACUGCCUACUGGGUGCCAGAGGAUGAGAGAUGAAUCUCUUUAUCUGCCCGAUAGCAAUGACCAGCAAACUGGAAACUAUUUUGCUUUUGAUAGGACCCGGCCUUGCCUCUACUGCUUGUAAACACAGUUGAAGAGCUUUUUCUGUAGGCUUAUUUCUGAGACAUUGCUUGUUCUACAGGGCCAAAACAAGGAGUUAUUACUUCGUGAUCCUGAUCAGUUACUGACCCUUGUGUUGGAAGUUAUUCCUCGGCAUUCAUGUCUGGUGUUUUGUUCUACUAAGAAGAACUGCCAAAGUGUGGCCUUACUGCUGGUAAAAUUUAUGCCUAGGUAAAAUGGAUAUAAUUUUGCUGCCUCAAGAGAUUCUAUUCAAUAAAUGUCAAUUCUUAAGGGUUAUUAGAUAGGUAUACAAUUGUGGAGAAAGCAUUUGACAGGGCUAACUUUGUAAGCCUGAAAAUAUCCGUAAUCCAACUCUGCAUAUACAGGUAUUUUUGUCUACUCCUUUCUAAUCCAUUUUUCCACUCCAUCCCGUCGGACGUAGAGAAUUCCUUUGAAGCUGGACUUCUAAUAGCCUGUUCCAGGCGUCUAAGUAGUGGAGUUGCAGCGCGAAGUCAAUCAGAGAGCAGGGAAAAAUAAGGAGAAGAAAAGGGUAGAGGGGGAGAGAGGAGGUUCCUUUGCUCGCAACCAGCAACUCAACCCCUUCGCUGUUUUUCCUCCUCACAUCUGUCCGAUCUCUUUGCGUCGUCCCUAAAAUCUGAACGCCUGGAACAGGCUAGACUUUAAAGAACCCCUCUCUCCACUAAAUCAAAGUAUUUUUUUGAAGGGUUUAUAGCGUUGGUCGGGGGUGGCGGUGGGGAAAGGAGAAAAGAAAUAUUUUUCUCGCUUCCUCUCAAAUCGUCAACGAAAGUAGAUUUGACACUCAUUCAAAAUGUCCACCCGGAACUGAUAGCGCUGGAUCUCGACGAUCUUACGGAUAAAUAAGGGACUGUGAAUAGUCAAUGUUGUCCUUGUGUUAACCUUUUAGGGUCGCUUAUUUAAACGAAAUUCAACGUAGACCGCUGUUUAAGACAAUCUGUGGACCACUAGAUCUGCUUGUGAAUGCAUGGGUUAUUCAAAGUAGAAACUUGGACAGAAACGGUAAAUGAGCAGAUGUUUCCCUAUGACAGUACGCUCCUUGUAUACUGUUAGGAUCAGCCGCAAGCGGGGGGCAUGGCAGAUGAAUAAAAAAAGAAAGAAAGAAGGCAAACGACAUAAUGAGCGAGAAAACUUGUGAAAUAGUCUUGUGCUUUACAUUUUGUAGUAAUAAUGAUAAUUCCAUUCUUUACCAUGAGGGCCCAGUUGUUCGAAGGUCGAUUAGAGCUUAACCCGGCUUUCUUUUUCUUGUGUUGAAAAUCAUUUUCUCGAAUAAUUUUAGACCUCUGUUAUUUUUAGAGCUUCCAGUCAUCAACUUGUAGACAAAAACAAUUAAAGCUGAAAUGCUUUUUAAGCUUUCAAAUCUGAAUUCAAAUCUUGCACUAACCCUGUGUUAUCUUAACCCAGCUUUGAACAACUCCGCCCUGUAGGAAUAAUAAAGCACUAAUGCUAGUGGGGUCGAGCAAAUGCGUGAAACAAAUACUCUAAUUAAAAAAUAACAGGGUUAAGAAUCCCAGCUGACCGGAGCAUGGCUCAGGAACUACCGUGAACAAAUACAGCUAUCUGUCACGGCGGGGCUAGUCUCCUAGUGAAAUAAUAGAUAAAUAAUUAUUUCCGACAUCAUGGAACUUUGUAGCUGCAUGUUUCUACAUUUUCAGGGAAAUGUGCCAAGUAAAAGCGAAAGAGAGGCAUGACCUAAUGAAAGCUCUUCACAAUGAAGCGAGCGGCCUUUGUCCUGUUUUAAAACAGACUAUUCCAUUUGGUGUAGCAUACCAUCACAGUGGACUGACCAUGGAUGAACGUAAACUCAUUGAAGACGGUUACAGCCAAGGUGUGCUGUCUCUUCUCACGUGUACUUCUACACUGGCAGCUGGGGUUAAUUUACCAGCGAAGAGGUUUGAUUUCGCAUUUUGAGUCAAGUUUUUGUGUCGGGCCGUGGUUACAAUCCUAAAGCUUGACCAUUGAAUUAAAAGCUGCUAAUAAAAUGCAAUAUUUCACUGUGGUACUGAUUGUUAUGCUGUACAAGGUGUCGAUUGUAACUUUUGUUUGGGGAGUGAAAUCCUUAAGGAUGACCAUUCAAAUGAAAGGCUUUUGUACUAGGUUGUUUUAACUUUUGAGUCUGUGGAUGAAGUCUUGAAGUGUGACCAAUUAAAUGAAAGCUACUGAGCAGUAUUUCCUGGGACUUCUAUUAUGCUGUACAAGGUGGUACUGACUAAUUCUAUAAAAGAAAGUCUUAAUUGUGACCAUUCAGUCGAAAGAUAUUGCAUAGUACUUUUUUUGUCAUUCUGUUUACUCCGCUGUACAUUUUGUUUGUAGCUUUGCGGACCAUAGGGGAAGUAAAAAAAUGCACUGCCCAACUGAAUAUGGUAUGAUGCCGUUGUCACAUACUGAAAAACCAUAAUUCUCAUAACUGUUUGUUAUUUUCAGGGUUAUAGUCCGUGCUCCUUAUGUUGGAAGUGCGUUGCUGAGUCAAAGUCAGUACAAACAGAUGAUUGGACGAGCGGGACGGGCUGGGAUUGACACGUCAGGAGAAAGUAUUCUAAUCAUCAAAGAUGCUGACAAACCCAAGGUGAGUGAAUGAAUGAAUGAAGCUUUAUUUGAUCUCGGGUUUGAUGAGGUUGAUUAGACCUCUAGCAAAAAUGCCAAAGUUGAGAGGCUUUGUCCCCUUUGUAAUAGAUCCGAAAUUGGUAAUGAAUUCCACUAUUUGUUGAAAUGUACUCACUCAUCACUUUCUAAUAUAAGGGGUAUCUUCUUGGAGAGCCCAUACUCGAUAAACAGUAAUUUUACGAAUAUGUCUUGCAAGGCACUAUUUUUAUAUAUCAUGUCUAUGUGUGAUGAAAACAUCAUAAAUCUUAGUGCCUCUUAUAUUAAAAAUAUUCUAAAUUGUUGUAAAUCCGAACUCUACUUUAACUUUCUUACCGUACGAGUAGCGUAGAAGCCGUACAUAGCCAAGUACUUUUCUUUUUAUGUUAAUAUUCAAUAUAUAGUUGUUGUUCCUUUCUUUCUUACUUAAAUUUUAUUUUACGUUGUCUCAUUUGUAAUUAUAUUGAUUGUUUUGGUACUGAAAUCUUCAUGUCGAAGAUAAAGUCAAUAAAGUCAAUAUAGUUGCUAAUAAGCCGAGAAAAAAAAAAAAAUAAUAGAGAAAGAAAGGGAAUUUCAAAAACUUAUUUACAGUAUAAAGCCUUAAAUUACAUGAUAUACCUAUUUACAAUAAAAAGCCUAAUUACAUAAUAGAACAUGGCUAUUUUUGAGAAUUAGCUAGAACUUUGGCUGGCGGACUGCUUCUUUAAAAGCUGACAAUGUACUUAGGUAAACUUAACCCGGUGUCCAGUUGGUAAACAUUAGGAAGCUUUAGCAGCAACGACUGCGACAGCAACAGCAACGCGAACUUAAAAAAAACUAGUGUAGUUGGCUCGAUAAUAAUAAUAGUUAUAAAUAAUAUUUUAAGAGGAGGCCUCCAAUCACCUAAGGGUGGCUUUAAGGAGAUUCCUCUAAAAUUAAAAAAAAUUACAUUAAAAUAACACACAGCUGAAAACUGAGACUACAACUAAGGUUUAGAACUAUAACUAAGAUUAAAAAUACUAACUACGGUUCAACUGAUGUAAUAAAAACUGUUUUAGUUUGUGUUUAAUAAUCGUUUUUGGCAUCAAAAACUAGAACGAAGAUUAAAAUACUUACUUCGGUUAAAAAUGGUGUGAUGAAAACUGUUUGAUAUUAAGCAAAGCAACAACUCUGCAUGGUCUUUUCAUUUGUUUCACCCUAAGCUUGAUGAGGAAGUGAAAUUCUCUAAUGCGACAUUUCAUAGAGGACGCAGAUGUACGAAAAUGGAAUUUUGCUCCUCUUUCUGAACUUGUAUGCGUUUCUAAUAACUUGAUUCCAAGAGAAUUCACUUGAUAUUUGACAUACAUGUAUCACGCGAGUUGGAUAUCGCUGGAUAUUGCGGGCCUUGUUCUCUGUUUGCAAAAAAAACUCGGAUAAUAUUUAGUUAUAUUGACCUCAUGCGUGGUCAAUAACACAUACAUGUGUAUCUUGACUAGUCACCCGUGGUAAUGAAGUGACGCAUGUAUAUUUUAGCUAACAUCAGCGCUGCUCCGUUGGUAAAUAAAAGUGCUGAAUACGCAAAUCGUUGACAGGCUGAUGCACAGCUCGUGCUGAGAACAAAAGAACAGUUAGGCUUACUUGAUGUACAGCCCAAACCUACUCGUUAAAGAGCACAAUGGUAUUUUCGAGCUGGCCUCAAAGAAAAAAAGACUACUUCUACUGACGCUAAUCUAUCUGCGACAUAUCGCACAGUAAUUUUUUGACGAAUUAUAUGGGAAAUGUUAGCAAACUAUUUGCUUGUCGUCUCAGAAAGGUUGUACUGAAAAAAAAAAGGUUAUAGAUAAUGUUCUUCUGCAAGAAGCUUUCCAUUGUUCAUUCGAUGCUUCCAAAGUCACUUUAUACACGUUCCGCUGGCUUUUAUUCCACUGUUACUGUAAUCGCUCGUGGUCAUUUUAGGAGUCUGUAAAAGCGGCCAGCUGGAUGAAAAUAUCUCUAGAUGUUGUUGCAGCUUGGUCCGCUGCUGAUCCUCCUAACGCUUCUAGAACUUAAAAGCUCCUUCGUCAUCCCCGGUGCUUUUUUCGCCUCCGUCUUUCUUUUUGUUCUGUGCAAAAACAAGACAAUUACAGUGAAGUAAGUUUUAGAAAUAGCCUCAACAUGUCCGUUUCUUCUUUGUAGCUAUAUUUAUUGUAUAGUUUAAUCAGCAGAUUAUAUUCGUCGGUUCAUUGAUGUCGCUAAAAUGAUGAUUUUAUAGGGUAACACAAUAACUGGUAAUCCAACCGUACUUCUUGGGUAACAAAUAAGGACAGUAACAAAUAAUUAAGAAUUCCAAUUCAUGAGUGGAGGCAACCCAUUUGGCUAUUUACAAGCGUGGCUAAGGAUUUGAACUUGGGACUACUUAGAACAAAUUCACCUAGCGGUCAGGGCCCAGUUGCUCGAAGCAUGGUUAGCGUUAACCAGCGUUUAAUACCUUGACAACGUAUUGGUUUUGAUACUGCUUAACCAAUGGUUAAAGCUAACCAUGCUUUGAGCAACUCAGCCCAGGGCGGGACUUCAACUCGGGGCCUUGGAUUGCAAGUUCAACGCUCUAACCGCUCGGAAAAGCUACCUCCUACGUUGUCAACAUAGGCGCGGCAGGCAUACUGCAAACUUUUUUAAGCCUCUAGAUUACUGAUAAGUUUUAGAAAUAGUCUCAGGUCCAAGCGUAUGCAACGACACCCCAAAUGGUCUGGUCUAAAGAUGUGAAGCUUUGUUAGGUGGUGUUUGUGGUUGUGUUAAAAGGGUCGGAAAUUAUUUGCAUCCACACGUAUGUUGUAGAGCUCUAGGGGAACUGGAUCUAUAACAAUGUCUAAGCUCAAUGUAAGAGCCCUUUUAGAGUUAGCAAAUUCUGUAACUGAAUGUAAAAAUUUCCUAGGAACUGAAACACUUUACAUUUUUUUUAAAUGACAUUUUGCCACUUGCUUUCUGACCUAUAGUGUAGUAAACCACGGUAUUUUUGAAGUUUGUUUAUGUGGAAGAAAUGUAAAAGGGCGCUUACUCUUGAGUUUAAAACAAACUCUUUGACCAGUUUCAAGCAAAACAAAGCAAAACGAACCAAGCAAACAAUGGUAUCAACGACAACAACAACAACAAUACAACAGCCAACAUUCACCAAGUGUCUUAAAAAAUCUAGCUUACCAAAUGUAUGUCAUUCUUCUUGUUCAACGGGCUGUCUUCUUCUUCGUCUUCUUCUUCUUCUUCUUCUUCUUCUGGGUAUUCCUUCCCUCCGAGACUGUUUAUCGCCGCCCUGACGGUUUCCAUUAAACCUCGACUUCGCUAAGUUCCUGCUUCUCUCUAUCACAUACAGAAAGAGAAUUUGAAGAACACAGACUGCAAGAGUAAACACAACUAUCAAGAUACAUGUGUCCAUGAUGGACUGCAUUUUGCUCCAAAAAGCGGGAGUUUUGCACUGGGAACUCGUAAAUUUGCAACUGGUUGCGGGGCUCGUUUGUUCCACUUAUCAACCCAAGCCGGGGUCAAUUUUUAAUAGUUUGGUGGGGUAAGGAAAGGCUUAAGAAAAAGGAAAUACUUAUCAUUUUCAAAUCAUGAAAUCAUGAAAAAGAAAUUCCAUAUAGAAUAAUAUCUUCAAGCCUCGGGGGGGUAUAGUUCUUACCCUAAAUACCUGUACGAGUAUGCGUCGCCAAAUGAGCUCGUUAGUUUAUUACUCACGAUCUAGAACAGGUCUAACUUUCCGUAUAUUCAGCACGGUUCCUAGAUCGGUGUAGUGUGCUGUAGAGCGAGGUAUUGAAAAUUUGCCUGUUUCUAGGACGAGGUAUCUUUCAUCGAGGAUCCAAAAUUGGAGACCUGAGCAAUAUCUACCCACCCAGAACCUACUCGAGUUAACGCCCCCGGGCCUCAAGUCAACUCCCGAUAAACCGUGUGUAGCUUUUGAUCUCUUCAUUUACCGGACCUUUGUAAGAUUAUCUUUUGAGGGAUUACUUCUAGUACUACUUGGAGUAUGGUAACAUUUCCUCAUGUUAUCACGUUCACGGUUUGUAUACAUGUUUAUCGACCAUAUGUGUUCCGAUUCCAGGUCACGUGAUAAAGUACAGGUUUCUUUCAAUUUUCACGCUAUUCGAAUGUGCAUGAACGCAUAACCUACCAAACGACAAAGGAAAUAGUUACUCUAAAUAAACAACAGUUUCUCUGAGAUUUUAUCCGAAAACGAAUAUUUUUUACUCCAGACUGGCCAUCCGCCCACACCCCGAAUCCGAUGAUAAAGGCCGUCGAAAACACAACAUUUCGAGUGGACACGUGACAUUAUCCUGUCUCGCUGUUUCCACCUGGCUGUUCUUCUAGGCCUAAUAGCACGUCUUAUUUAAGUCAAUUUUGCUUGUAUAAAGUUAAAUGUUCAAGCGCAUGCUUCAACUGACUAACUAAGACUACUUAGCACAAUCAGCAGGGUUAAUUUCACAGGCAUCUAACGACUGUCUUCGGUAAACAUGGUAAAAUAAAUGUGCGGAGGGGCAAAUAUUGCCUAGAAAUUUCUGAUGCGCGAGAAAGGCUAGAAAUUUCUGGAUAACCAUUCCAUUCGUCCAUGAUAUUCGCGGAAUUUUUCUACUAAUUUACGAAAGGAUGUUGUGUUUUUCAGAUUUUAUUAUCAAGAUAUUGUGAUUAUUGUUUUAAAAGGCCCCUUAAAAUUUCGGUAUUAAGACAAAACGUGCCCUAGAAUAUUCCAAUGAAAGUAGGGCUACACCACGUCCGCGAACUCUUUUGACCGGACCGGCAACAUGGUAGCUGAAAGUUUUGGAUGAGACGAUGAAGCCACCUAAAAGUUUCGGGACGACCAAGGUUUUCCUAAGACAUCCGGACAGACAAAUAGUUCUCAUAGGGCAGCUACAAAUUAACCAAACAGGCUUUUAAAGCAUAGAGAAAGCUAAUUGAGACAUUUGUGACGUAUUUGGAAACAUUUUGUCGUUGUGUACCCCUGUAAUUUCUCUGCUGAUCUCGAAAAUCGGAACAGUUAACUAGUCAGCAAGUACCACCUUGUCUACAAGCAGUUUUUAUGAGAUGAGGAGAGGAAGUAGUUCGAAUGAUUCAAAGCUAUUGUGGAUAAAGUGAAAAAACAUCCGUUUUCGAACGGAAACGGAUAUAUAUGUGGCCGAACGAAAACGAUUCAACAACACUAUCUGUUAUGAGAGUUUUUCUGAAAAUGGAGAAAAAAAAAUCCUUGUCAAAUAGAGUGGAUGUGUGUAGUUGAGGCUUCACGUUUUUUAGGAGUGGACGAAUGCAUAAUCAUAAAAUGAUAGAUGAAUUUAAGUGUCGCUUGAGAACGUUGUAUGACCCAGACAGGAAAACAAACAAACGAAAGUAAAAUGUUGUUCUUGGGAAAGGACAGCUUGAACUAAAAUCUGGUUAGUUGAGGGCAGCCUGAACUUUUGCUUCCUGUACACAAAUUCAAACUUUUUCAAUUAAAUCAGGUCAAAUGUUGCUUUGAAAACCCUAAAACUCGCUACAAUUUCCACUUGAUGCCGUGUGACUUAAAUGUGCUCGUGGGAAUAAUUUCUUGUUUUAUUGUAGUGUUGCAAAACUAAAGCCCUCGUAAAUGCGUUUGUUACCUCGCGCGUAGAAUAUUGCAAUAGUCUUUUAUAUGGCUUGCCAGCUUCUCACCUGAAUAAGGUUCAGCGCGUUUUAAAUGCCGCAGCAAGACUAGUUUGUCGCGCGCCACGCUACUGUCGCAUAACGCGGUUGCUGUACAAGCUGUACUGGCUACCGGUUAGGCAACGCAUUAGUUUUAAGAUUCUACUAUUUUUUUUUAAGGCCAUCCAUUGAUUCGCGCCAACGUAUUUAAGAGAACUUGUGUCAAUUAAGAGAUCAGGAAAUUAUAAUUUAAGAUCCUCCUUGGAUGGUUUGUUGCUUGCAACGCCAACUUAUAGAAGUAGGGUUACAUUAGGAGACAGAUCAUUCCAGGUCGCAGCUCCGGCACUUUAGAAUGUACUACCGCGUGAGAUUCGUUGUAUUCAAUACAGAUCUUGGGAUUUUUAAGUGCCAUCUGAAAACGCACCUCUUUAGGGAAGCUUUUUAUUAAUUUUUAUCACGAUAAUUACUAGUAUCUUAACAUAUGUUGUAUAUUUUAAUUUUAUCAUAGUAUAUUUUAAAUAAUUGUUAGUUAGAUACCCUGUAUGAGAUUAUUAUAGAUAGAAAUUAUGUAAUGCGCGCUUGAUCAUUUCAUGGAAAGCGCGCGAUACGAGAAUUAAAUUGUUAUUAUUAUUAUUAUUAUUAUUAUUAUUAUUGUUAUUGCAAUUCAACGGUAUAGUGUCAGCUAAAUAAACGGUGUCCGCCUUAACAGGUUUCCUGAGGAGAACUUUUGGCGUCGAAAGUUAUUUGUUACUGAAACGGAGCUGAUACUCCUGUAUAGCCUGCAAGGGUUAACACUUUCCCCAACGUUUUUUUACCCAACGAUAAAGCGACGUCAGCGAUCCCGAAAUGAGCGCAAUCGAUUUUACUGGUAGCAGAUGUAUAAGGAAGGAGAAGGGAGCGCUGGGUGGUAAAAGGAGACCCUCAUAGUCGACCUGAGCAAGACAUCCAACGGUACCGCCGCUACUGAUACAUUCUCCAUUUCAUGUUGUUCAGUCUACUUUAGGAUGCGCCAGUUUCCGUGAUUCUUAGAACUUAAAAACUCGAGUUUGCCUUAGGCAUACUAGAAACUGCCGCUUCCGCUUAAUAGAAGUGUCAAGUUGAUGCGAUACGAUUAAUUUUGUACAGUAAACACGAUAGAGUUCAACACGUGCGGGGAGGGGGGAUGGGUGAUAAGGGGGGGGGGAUGGGGGCUGUUCACUCGAUUUAACCUUAUUUUGCAUCCGUAAACCUUUUGAGGGGUUAAGUGAUAAACACACUUGUUUGUUAAUUGAAAGAGGAUUGCUGAAAUGUGCCGGAUUUUUUUUUUGUUGUGACUGUUGAGAGAUGUAAAACAUGUUUCUUUAGCUUCUAAACUGCAAGUCUAGGUGUAGACUCUGCCAGGCUCUCAGUUAGUAAUAAAACAAGCCAAGCGAAAAUAAGACGCGCGCGAUCUGGAAAGGGGGCGAUGGCGGGAAAAAAUAGGAGACCACCCUCUCUCCCCCAUGUCCCGCGCGUUUCUCCUAUCAGUUUUUACUGCACGUGCCGACUGCACUACCAUCUUGUUGUAAAGCUUCUCAUUUCAUAUUAUCCACAACAACAUACAAUUUCCGUUUCCUUUCGACUAAUCCUUUCUCUCCCUGAUCAUAGUUAGGAUGCCCAGGGUGAUUAAACAAAAACCCGAAUGGUUCAUGGUGAAGGAAUGAUGUUGUUUUUUGAUAUGUAUAUUUUUUAUAUGAAUUAUCACUUCAUCAGCUAUCUAUGCCUAUAGGAUGAAUCAGUUUAAUAUGAAAUCUUGUAAAGAUGGCUCUUACUUUUGAGACUGUAAAAAAUUCAUGAUGUGACCAUUCAAAUGAAACUUCUCGGGCAGCACUUUCACAUGGUGCUCUUUGUUUUAAGCAUUUUUACUAAAUGAAAUUUGGAAAUUUUUUGUAAUUUUUUUUUUAGCCACUCACGUCUAAGAGUGAAUUAGAAAAGGUUAACACUCGGAACAACCGCGGCGCCGGUUUACUCAAGUGCUAUGCGACUUUACAAAUCCCUGCGCUUGUCAACUUGCGGUUAUCGUGACCCACGGUGAAUCUAAGCUGAGCUUGUAGACUAGCAUUUCCGCCGCAUGUGACAUUACAAUCAGAGUAUUAAACACAGGUCACCAAACAUUAGGUGACGCAAAAUUACAAAUUCAGUCGUACUGAAGCAAAAUCUGAGAACGCCAUUGCACGCUCAGCAUGCCUUAGUACAUGAUUACACGCUGUAAGCUGCGUGCAAUGAAACUUUGAGGGUUUUUUUUAGCGGGAUAGUGCACUCUUUUUCAGGUCAAGAUUAAGGAAGUGCUAAAGCGACAGAUAAGCUUAUCUAAUGGGGUAUGAAGACUGUAAUAGAAUCGAGUCCGACAUUUGACACCUCGACCAAAAGUCGGACUCGUUUCAAUCACUGACAACAGGAAACUGAUAUACAGAUAAAACCUUUAUUUGAACGUCAAAUUAUUUCGCCCAGAUAAGACUAAUUGGGGACACUAAAUAAACUAUACUAUAAAAAUGCUAAAAACGAAACAAAGCGAAUAGACUUGCCCACAAGUCGAGUUUUCUGAGAGACGAAGUCGGGAAAACGGCCGAAGACCCAGUAGUAAAACGGACUUCCUGGAAGUCUAGAAACUGAACCUGUUUGGAUGUCUCUGUUGUAAACGUGCAGCCGCCUUUGUUUGAUCUAGCCGCAGUUUUUUGCAUGGUAACAAGAGGCUCGCCUAUGCCUUCGCCUUCCUCGUCAAAGGAAGUGUUCUGAAGAAGACAAGGGAAUUAUUCAGGGACUCAACACCUUAUUUGUUUGUUUUUAAUUUUUUCUGUUUUUUUUUUUUCUUUUUUUUCUGUCAUGUAGACUCGAUUUCCUCCGUUUUCUCGAUUUCUCGUCUUCCCUUGACCGGUAAUCGAGCCUACUGAAAGUGGUGCGAGAACUUACUGUGUAUAAACCCAGCUAUUUUUAUAGGUUGGAUCUGAUUUGGAUAUGUGUCGUAUCCUUGUAGAAGAGUAGUCAUGCACCAGUUUUGGAACUCACAGGUUUAUUCCGUACACUGUAAACUGCUUACUGUACACUCUUGAACAUUGUAGACUCCAAGAAUCCAAAAAACCUGGUAACUUAUUCUGCUCUAUCUUGAUGGUUUUAGUUUAUAAACCUACCUACUAAAAACUAACGAAAUAAAGUUCAGACGUUUCGGCGACAUCAUGACGCCAAUAUCAUUGGUUUUUGCAUGUUUAUACUUAACAAAUAAUGUCCUUCCGAGUUUAUUUACACUUCGUCGCGCUAUUUUUAGCGCCUUUAAGCCCCAAUAUUCUCAUAUAAAUUCUCCAUACUGAUCUCCAUACAUUUCUUUAAAGAAUUAGUUGAGAGAGUUUGAUAGCAGGUCAAAGCAUUUUCUCUUUAGUGAUCAUUUUAUUAAAUCUCAUAGCCAUUCAUCUUGGCAACAUAUGGAUAUUGUUAGGAGAAAGUUGAUGUUGGUCACCCUUGAGACUUAAAGGGUUAACAUGUCCACGCUGUAACGCUUUAACUUUGGGCGGAAUGCAAAAAAAGCUCAUUCAAAACUUUUCAAAAAUACAAGAGGUCAUGAUCGAUGCAAGGGGUAGCAGAUUCCCUCCUGGAGGAGAUCUUGUUUAUGAAAACAAGAAGUAAUAAUCCUCUCAUGAUGAUGAAUGGUCAUUUACGAGUAUAACUACCAAUACUGACCUCGAACGAGGUUUUCAUGUUCUUAUAUUUGUUACAGAUUAGUCACCUGUUCUCAGGUCCUUUGGAGAGCUGUCGCAGCAGCUUGCUGCAUGAAAAUGGCAAAGGGUUACGGGUGUUGCUUCUUACUCUUGUUGGAUUAAAGGUAGGCUAAUGCUUGUCAGUCGAGGAUUUGAAAUGUUUUGUGAAUAUGGCUGGCUGCCCAUUCUUCAGGUGUGGGGAAAAUAGGCGAAGCCGGAAAAAUGUGCGGAAAGUCGUCUGCAAGGAAAGUCAGUGCGCCGUGUGCCUCAUAACUCCACGUACACAAUCUAAAACAAGGCGAACAUCCCAGGCGUACUAAAUUCACGAGUUAAUGAAUAUGGAAAUAGGUUUUGCGGUUCACGUAUUUCUAGUUUUAAUUAUUAAACGUUUAAACCUUUGAAAGGGACCACCAAAAGAAACUGUAAUAGAACAGGUGAUCAAUUACCGGAACUGAGAGCUUAAGAGCUGUAGUAAUUGAAAUUUCUUUGUAUAUAUUUCCUUUCUCACUACCCUAAGCCUUGAUGUCUGUGUUGAUAAAAAUAUUAGCUUUCCGUCUUUCGUUUCUUAAACAGCUUUGCUCGACUAUUGAUGAACUUAAGCGCUUCAUGCAGAACACUCUGCUGUUUGUACAGUCACCUGCACAGUCAGUUGACAUAGAUAAAGAGCUUGAAACAUCACUUGAGUCACUACAGCAACUCGGACAUGUCAUAAUAACCAACACAGCACAGAGCAGGAGUAUAGACGUCACCCAUCUGGGACAGGCCACAUUUAAAGGUGCGUUUCUUAACGGCAAAUACUUGCGGACGUUUCAGAGUACAGAAAUAUACCUUAAACUUCAGCUUAUAAGCGCUGGGCUUAUACAACUUCGUAAGUGGUAUGGGGGUGGGGGGGAGGGGGGGCUUAUAUCCGGGGGUUUUAUAACCGGACUAAAAAUGCGUUUCAAAACAAGCUAUAAAGCAGUGCUGAUCAAAAUACCUUUUAAAUUAAGUCAUUUUUUUAAGGUUCAAAACGUCGUAAAAAAUUGAAUUCAUGUUGUUUUAAGCAGCUAUAUCACGAUCUUUCGGUUUUACAUCAAAAUCCUAAUAACAUAUUGGAAAGCCUGAAAUACCUCUAUCACUGCACCUCAACUUUAAGUGUGUGUCUUUUGCCAUCAGUGACCAGGAUGGAAAUGGAUUGCAAACCGUGGAACAAUUUGUGCCAGUUUUUGCAAGUUAAACCAUUCUGUUGUAAAAAAAAAAUGACCAAAGAGCGAUCAUGCCAAUUUUUUCUUUGGGUAAAAUGAUUUGAUAUCUUUUUUUUGGAGUUCCUAAUUUAAGAAGAGAUGACUGAGUUAUAAUUUUAGCUCCGUUUUCACCAAAAAAUGUGGAACUCGCCUUGACAUGGGUCCUUCAACUUUAGCGGAGCAGUCUCAUGAACAUAAAAACAUACUUUAAGCACUUAUGUGUGUGGCAACAUUGCCUUUACAGGGUGCAUUGAUGUGGAGAGCAGUCCUGUGAUCUACCGCGAGGUAACAAGAGCAUUGGAGAACUUGGUACUAACCAAUGAACUGCAUCUGCUUUAUCUUGUGACGCCGCUGGACAUCAGGGAUUCAAUUGAGCCGCAGUGGAUGACUUAUUUUAAACAGGUACGGAUCAGACAGAAAUAAGCAAAGAAAUCAGCCGGAAUGUGAAAAUUACGCGUCACGUAAAAAGGAAUCCUUUAAACUUAAUUUAAAAACCAGAAUGUAGAUGUUCCAACCAAUGAUAUGUUUGCGCCCUCAUUGAACAAGCGACCCUUAAUCUACGGCAUCCUCUGUCUCUACCAAUAUUUGAAAGAGGAAACAAAUUGUCACCUAGCCUGAAUUUCAUCCGAUUUCUUUGAGUCGUUGUUACUCCCUUGAGGAGAAAACGACUCGAAGCAAUUGGAUGAAAUUUAGGCUAAUUGUCACCGGAAGUGUUUUUUUUUUGUUAAACAAACUUUGACUUUACUGGGAACGAGUUUGUCUCAAUGGGAUGGUGGAAUUUACGGUUAACGGUUAACAUUUUGGCUUUUUACGGUCAACAGUCACUGUUUCGUCCCGUUAUGUUAACAGACACCUGAACAAAAUCAGAUGGUUUUAAAAUAUUGAAAUUAGGUUCCAUAUUUGUUGAAAAACCUUUUUAAAGGACGGUAGUAUAGGUCUCUAAGGAUUUUUUUUGAGUGGAAAAAGAGGCAGAAAUAGGGUCCAUCGACCACGCGACUGCUUUUGUAUCUUUGUAAUGUCUUUUGUGGUCUUGAUUUUCUCGUUCGCGUCUUAUAUGAUUUCAUUACAGGUGUUGUCUUUGGGUGAUUCAGAACAGCGAGUGGCUGAAUUGGUUGGAGCCACAGAAAGCUUAUUAUCGAGAAGAGCUACAGGUCAACGGGUCAAGAAGGUACAAGACUAGUAUUGCUCUUUUCUUCUCGAAAUUUUGCUUUCUUCUUUAGCCCCUCUAACUUGCCUGAUCGUGUAGCUAACUAACUAACACAGACGUUUUUUGGGCGUGUCAAGCAAUCGAUGGAAAAGGAUUUUGUGACGAGUCAAAAGAGAGUUUAUCAAGGCGCUUGAAUCUUGUGUUGGUCUUUGUCAUACAAUCUUUUAACUUUGUCAUGCUUUCUGUUUUAGUAUUUUCUCUUGUCAUUUAGGGAGAUUGGUAGCUGGCAGGGGGUUACCAAGGGAACAAAAUAACUGCCUUGGGGGCACUUAAGUAGAGAAACCACUUAUUGUGAGGUCAUCGCUAAAAUCCUGUCUUGACGCUCUUUGUAGGACGACAGUGAAGAAGCUUCCGUCAAGAGGUUCUACUUAACUCUCAUCCUGUACAAACUGAUGAAAGAGAACACCAUCUGGGACGUUGCUAGUUUGUUUAACGUGACACGAGGAUUUGUGCAGAAUCUUUUAACUUCAGCUUCAUCAUUUGCUUCAUGCAUGGUGCAUUUCACUCAGGUACGUCUAACCAGUAUUAGUAGGAUUAAUCGCCCAUUACGAGAAUAAACGACAAACACCGGUAUUUCAGUAAACUGAUUAAAUAAUGGCCUCGUCUUGCAAACUUGCGGAAAAAGAAAUAAUUCAAGUCCAGCCUCACAAAUUCGCUGUCUUGAAUUUCGAUAGUUUGAGCCCAAUUCCUCCUUCUUCACCUUUUAGUAAACGAACUAAAAUGGCAACUUCGCAUGCUAAAUGAUCCUGUAUGUUUAACAAAACAUUAAGGCCAAUGCGAACUCUACAUCUACUGGACUCUUUAUGCGGAAUUAUCGUUUUCCAAAGAUUGAGAAAUGUUAUAUCUUUGAUUUUGCAAACAGAAAGUGGUGAAAGAUGUAAUAUAUCAAACAUGAGACGCAGUGUUUCAUCACCAGAUGAAACACCGAGAAGAGAGUUGAAAAUAAGACGCGCAGCGGAGUAUUUUUGACGAACUUCGAGGUGUUUCAUCUGGUGAUGAAACACUGUGUCGAAUGUUUGAUAUUUCUUCUCAAACAAAAUCAUUUUUGAAGGAGAAAUUAAGGAUGCAAAUACUGAGCAGUUUUUCAUCCGAUUUCCAAACAUCAUUAAACAUUAAUUUUCUUUGUAUUUUCUUUAUGAAUUAUUAAUGAGUUUGAGAAUGUUAGUGGAAAAUGCGAAUAGAACGUUAUAUUUCCAGCUCUUUAGUGGGAGACUUUGUUUUUACAGUUACCGACGGGCUGAAAAUUCCACGAAUGCGAGUUUUAAUCGAGUUUCCUAAAGCCAUAACAGGUUAUCACACUGCCCCGGCGGUCAGAGGUAUAGGAGACUCAAACAGCCAAUCAGAACUCGAAGUAAAACACGUGAUCCGUGUUAAGCGCGGGAAAACGCGGGCGACUAAGUGACGCUUGGAUUUGUUUUCAGUUCUGAUUGGCUGAGAAAGUGGCAGGAGAUUUUAAGCUAAUCACAAACUGUAUUAGUAUACAAAACUAAACGAAAUACUCAUUCACGGACAGUCCUUUUGUCCCCAAAGAUACAAGACUUCAUACAUUCCUUAUCUGUAUGAUUCGGACUGAAUUCGAACAGUUGAGUCUGUCCCUUUGGUUUCCAUAUUAAUGAGGUUCAACUGUUUUUGAAAAGUGUUCUACAAUGAUUAAUGAGAACUGUAUGGUUUGUGACCUUGUGAUGUCACUCUACAGGAGCUGCAGGAGUUUUGGGGAGUGAAUUUAUUACUUGAGGCCAUGGUUAAGAAGUUAUCCUACACUGCUACCUUGGAGCUUGUUCCUCUUAUGGAGGUCCCUGGUGUCAAGCAGGUCAAUAGAGAUUUAUUUCUUUCGCUUCCAAGUUAAGGCGCCUUCUGUGAACUUUUUUUUUGGGGGGGGGGGAGGGGGACGCUGGGGGUGGGUAAGGGGACUAGUAAAGCCGUAUAGAAAUGCAUCUGCUUCUUGAGGUUCAACUAACAGGGGUCGUGACGGGUUAAGUUUGUCCAACAGUAUUGAAAUCUGCAAUCAAGUGUCCCGAAUUAGUUUUUAGUCGCUCUAACAUUUGAAGAACUCGAUGUUAAUUUUGCUUCUUUAGUACUCUUUUCGCAUUGUAGAGUACUUGUUUUCAUGUCACUGGACGUAAUAACGUAAUAUAAAAUCUGUUUUUGUUACCACCACACAAUAUCCAAGUAUCUCAGGUAUUUCAAGACUUUUAUAUUAUGCAUUGUUACAUUUCGGGUUAAAAAAAUAUUGUUGCAUUUUUCGUCAAAAACUUGUUCCAUUUUGCGUUAAAACUUUGGUACCUUGUGGGUCAAAAGUUGUUAGAUUUCGGGUUAAUGUUACGUUUUGCGCCAAAAGUUGUUACAUCUUGUGUUAUUGUUGCAUUUUACGUCAAUUGUUACAUUCUGUUCUUACGGCUACCUGAUUGGUCAGUAGUGAUGAUUAUAUUUCUUUGUUCUCCGCAGGCUCGUGCACGGCAGUUAUUCAAGGCAGGCUAUAAAAGCCUUAACAGUCUGGCCUGGGCCGAUGUUAAUUCCCUUAUGGCUGAUAUUGAGCACCUGUCAAGACGACAAGCCAAUCAGAUCGUGUCAGCUGCUAAGGUAUAAAACCGGUUAAACUAGAUGGAUCUCUUGUUGCUGUUCGUGGGGUUGUGGUGUUUAGCAUACACACCUACACACUCUUUAUAUAUUGCUUUUCUGAAAAAUUUACAAGUUUUGCACACCCGCAAAUAGCAAUGGCUAAUCUAAAGCGGCACGUGCUCACGAAGCCAAUUACAAGAGAGGAAGAAGAUAAAAAAUAUAAAGAGACAUGUUACAGGAUUUUUUUGUGUGUGUAAUUUCAGCAGAAUCUAUAUGAGGCUAAGGUUAAUUUAAGUUUGCUUGAUUUUUCACUCAAACAAGUGUGAGCCAGUUGUCCGUUAGCCUGCGUGGCAAGCGCCGGUUAAUGUUUUUUGGUUAGGUUUUAUAUAGCGCAAAAUUUCGUCCUUCACCCCGACAAAUUUAACAAAACCGGCGCCUUUUACGCAGGCUAGUUGUCCGUUUGACGACAAAACAAAAACAACAGCGAAAGGGCAGGAAGAAAAUGUUAACGUGAAAAUAAUCUUUAAGUUGCCAGAUUUCAAAAGCUAGAGGUGACUGACCUCGCUAAUAAGAGAAAGUUUAGAACCGGGAAAUGGCAGUAAAAUGGUAUUUAUUUUGUUUUUAGAUGCUCUUAGAAGAGAAAGCGGACGCUUUGCGGGAAGAAGCAGAAGAGAUGACAACUGUUCCAGAGAAACCGAACACAUAGGACGAGUGAUUUUCAUAUCUUUAACUGAAGAAGUGAAAAGAAACGAAAAUAGUAAUUAUAUGUUUAUUGCAGAAAAUGAUAAGGUUUUUAUAAGUAUAUCAUGGUUUUAGAGCACAGAAUCGCCUCUGAUACGAACGGCUCUACAUGUGUCGAAUUGCUGAAAGAAAAUGAAUGCUUAUCAAAGUUAUUGUUUACUCAAUUCACAUAAAAUUAACGUACAUAAGAUAAACUAUUUUUCGAAUUUGACUUUGUAAUAUGUAUGAAACUAUUAUAUGCUCUAUUUAUUUUUUCAUAUAAGACGCGGAAUUAUGUUUUUGUCAGGACAGGUGAAAGCUUUCACACCAACUUAGAAUGUUUAGAUUGAACAAAGGGUAAAUCAGAGUGUAUUUUAAUACAUAGUUAUAAUUCUGAGCUUGAAUUCAUAGUGACAUGGAGUUACGAUUGAAAUGACAAACAUCAGUUAACUACUUCUAUGGAUGAGGAGAAAGUUUUAUUGAAGAGUAUAUCGAGAACAACAAAACCAAAGCUCAACCUGUGUUAACAGCAUAAAACAAUAUCUACGAACCCGAUUUUAAGAAAUAACAAAAUCACUUUGAGAAUGAGAAAAUAACAAUCUAUGAAAAAUUAUUAAUUAUUUAAAACAGGACAAACACGGUUUGUCAAAAGUUGUACAGUUAUAAAUACCAUACAGUUUCAUCACUUGGACUGGGAUUGAGAGUCAGGUGGAGAAGUGAUAAUUAUGUUACCUUUGCAAAACAUCUAUUUAUUCUCUCCCCUCAUGUCAGGGAAUCCAAGACAUGCCUGGAUUCUGGAUUCCACGCCGUGGAUUCUAGUCCAGGUAUGGGAUUCUGGAUGUUUUGUCAGUGGAACUGGGAUUCCGGAUUCCAAUCGUUAGUGGUAUUCCCGGAUUCCUUGAGCCGAUUCCAAAUUCCAAAGCCCAGGAUUCCAAAUUUCACAGCAAAAAUUUGCCAAAUUCUGGAUUCCAGGAGUAAAAUUUUCUCGGAUUCGGGAAUCCGGAUUCCCUUACAUGUGGCGAAACCUCCAUUCACCCCGCUCCUUCCCACCCAUUUAAAAGGGAUCAUUAUACGUUUCUAGGAAACUGCCUUCCUACCCCUCCCCAAAGCCAACAUUUUGCCCUGAGUGGGAAAUAAGUGUCAAUGUUGGCUUAGGGGAGGGGUAGGUGGGCAGUUUCCCAGAAACGUAUAACGAUCUUGGGUCUUUUGAGAG